AGGUGUCUGGUUGGAGAUCCCAGUGGCAAAAGCUACGGAGAUGUGGCUUUUCUUGAGCAUCACAACCUUCAAGAUAAUAUUCUCAGUUUGACUUCCUCCGGUUGGGCGCAAGGGUGGACGUCAUCAGACUUUGAGUUGCUGUGUGCAGACGGUCGCCGGGCCUCACUGUCCGAAUGGGAGAGCUGCAAUCUGGGAGUGAUUCCACCUAACACCAUUGUGACACGGCCGGUGCUCACAGCACGAGUUCAAUGCUUCCUCAUGAAGUCCCAAGAAACAUUGGCACCCAACACAAACUCUCACUUCAAGCUCUUUGAGUCUCAUCUUUACGGAGAAAGUGAUCUACUGUUCAAAGAUGCGACUCGUAGUUUUGUCCACACAAGCCACAUGGACUACCGCUCCAUCCUGGGAGAGGAGUUUUACAACCGUGUGGAGGCUGCCUUCAACUGCACCCAAUCUGCAGACAUCUUGAAGCUCUGCAGUCAGGACAUGUGCAGCACAGUCUAAUGGAUCCUCAUAUAUAUAUAUUUUUUUUUUUUAAAUCAGUGAAAGCAUGAAUCUGAAAGUAUUACAAUUCAUGGGAUGUGUUGCACCAAAUGUGUUUCUGUUUAGUCGAUAACACUUCGUUUAAAAAAAAAAAAGCAAAACAAAAAGCAAUGUUAUUUAUGCCAGGGAGCACAACAUUCUCACAAGUACUAAAGAAAAUACUUGCAUUAUUUUUAUUUAGAUUAACUGCUAAAAGUGAAAAAAUAUAAUAUAUAAUAAUAUAUAAUAAAAUAAAUAAAAAAUAUAUAAUAAAAUACAUCUAGUGAACAUCAGUAAAAAUGUGGACGAACGUUUUAACAAAUAUAGGUUACAGUUUAUUAUAAAAAAAUGUUUUAAAACGUGUAUAAUCAUAUUUGGCUGUUAUAUUAACGAAAGCGCAUUGUGAUCAUUUGUUUGACUUCAUGCUCCAUGAUGCAUUGCGGGUUCAUUUAGUGUAACACAAAUAUUGGCUUCCGGUUGUCUUCAAUGUCACUGACGACGCGACGAAGGUUCCGUGGAUUAUUUUUGUCUGUGUUUGCUGACAAGUUAUGAAAUAAGCACUUGACACUCUCCAACAAGAUGAGACUACCAUGCACGGUUAGAGCACUGCCCCCACCAUCUUCAAGAUCAUCAUCUUCAGCCCUUGCAGGGUUUGUCCCUCCUUGCAGUUCUAUAGACUCUCAGUCCCUGCAACUGCUCCAGGACUUUGUCUCUCGGACCUCACGCCUGUUUGCCAUCAGUGGCGCCGGUCUCUCCACAGAGUCCGGCAUCCCAGAUUACCGGUCGGAAGGUGUGGGCCUGUACGCCCGCACUGACAGGCGGCCCAUGCAACAUGCAGAGUUUGUCCGCAGCGCCAAGUCUCGUCAGCGCUACUGGGCAAGGAACUUUCUGGGCUGGCCGCAGUUCUCGUCCCAUCAGCCCAACGUGGCUCAUAAAGCUCUGCGGAACUGGGAGGAGCGAGGCAAGCUGCACUGGCUGGUCACACAGAAUGUGGACGCUCUUCACUCAAAGGCAGGCCAGAAAAGAAUAACUGAGCUGCAUGGAUGUGCCCACAGGGUGGUGUGUCUAAGCUGCGAAAGCAUCUCUGAAAGGGAAGAACUCCAGAAGCGUUUUGUAGAGCAGAACCCGAGCUGGAGGGCGCAGGCCGGGGCGGUGGCUCCAGACGGUGACGUCUUCCUGGAGGACGAGCAGGCUCUCCACUUCAGAGUUCCUUCCUGUAAAGUCUGCGGAGGGAUACUAAAGCCGGAGGUUACUUUCUUUGGCGACACGGUGAACAAAGCCACAGUGCAGUUUGUGCACGGAAAAUUAGCAGAGUCGGACGCUGUGCUUGUCAUCGGGACGUCACUACAGGUCUACUCAGGAUACAGAUUUUUACUGGCAGCUAGCGAUAGAAAAAUGCCCAUCGCCAUCGUGAACAUCGGGCCCACCAGGGCAGACCACUUGGCUGAGCUGAAGGUGAGAGGGCGCUGUGGGGAAGUGCUGUCUAUCAUUCAGCCUCUCGGACGGUAAUGGCCACGAAACACGGACGCACUGUCUUCAAGGGCAAAACUACCUCAACUGCACGACCUAGAAAAUCAGCAUGCAACAUUACGUACCCCUGCAUCAUCUCAUGUGGGGGUGUUAUUACAGACAAAUUAUGGGUGGAGGGGUUUUAAUAAAUUUUCUUAUACAUUUUGAAUGCUAAAACCUAGCUCCACCCCAGGCAAUUGCCUUCUAUUGACAUAUUUAAGUACUGUACAGUAGGCUAUCCACAAGGGGGCAGUGUUGUGUGCUACCUAAAUAGUUACAGUAAAUGACUUGAAUAGGAAUCAUGCGCUUUUCUUUCCGGCAUUAAACACCCAAAUAAUGGAAACUUAGUUUAAAACAUGGUUCAUUAAAUGCGGUAGAAAUGUGGGUCAACAUCCGAGCAUCCGAUUUAGAUGCACUUUUGGAGGUUUGUCCAUCAUCCACAAUCCUUGUGAGACAUGAACAUACGUCUUUCUCUUUUCUGUGGGUUCCAAAGAUAUACAAACAGCUAAAAGAAGUCAGCUAAGAAUGCAUCUAAUCGGAUGUACAUAUUCCACCUAUAAAGCCCCCUGGAACUAAAAACACACCAAUAAAAUUGUGGAUGGCGGGUAACAUUCCAAAGAAAGUGCAUUUUUUUCACAUUUUAUAACAAUUUUAACCUUUGGUGCUAAUCAUUUAGCUGUGAAUCUCUGUACAUGUUUGUAAACAAUGUAUAUAUGAACCAUUUUCUAUCGUGUACAGAAGUAGGCAAUUUCAAAUGCAGCUAAUGCAAUUUUGUGAAGUUAAUUUGAAAACCAUGAGGUUGCUUACAGCCACACCAACCUCCUUGAAAGCGCUAUAAAGUGCUAUAUGAAUAAAGGAGACGGAUCUUCUUGGACAGUUUAAUGAAGUCACAAAUUCAACGCAAGGUGGAGUCACAAACAGACCGAAGGUAGAGUGACUGAUGACUGACGGACAGCUAGAUCUUGGAAUACAUUUUGCUGCUGGAAUCUCUCUUGAAGGCCACGCUUCCAGUCCUCCAGAUAUGAAUGCGUCUCAGUCUGCAGAUGGACGGGGAUGCUGAACGAGUACAGGCAGCAUUUGUGGCUGGCGGCGUCUGCCUGCCAUGUUGCGUGCGCCGUGGUGACCAAGAGGGGGGUCAUAGAGAGGCAGUUCUCAAAGCUCUCUGUUUGAUCGAACCAGUAGGUGACAGGGUAGCCCAGUAAGAGUCCGAAGACAGCGCUCAGAUUCCACUCAUCGGACCUCUGCGCCACAUAAACGCCUUUGUCAUCUGCUGCAUCGCACCCUCUGAGGAGAAAAAGGAGAUCUUGCGCAAUGCUCUUCAGCCCUCCUUUGACUGCAUCAGCAAUAGCGGGCUUCUCCAGUGAGUGACAGACAUCAAUCACCGCCGGGCCGCCAUUUUGAAGCACUCGCUCAAGAAUGGAGCAGACUACAGGUGGAUUAACAAUGAGGCUGCUGCCGUUCAAGUCCAGUGUGACGAGGGACUCGGACACAAGCUGGGAUGACUGACACAAGCGUAAAUACUGAUGCACCUGCUCUGCACUGGCGCUGUUGGUGUCAUACAGCAGGGAAGGCUUCAGAGACAAAUCCACAGCGGAGAGCUGAGCAGCCAUGUCCAGACUCUGAGGGACCGACAGAGAUUUCCUUCCAGCGGACAAACAUUUACGGGCCGCGGCUAUGAAUAUCUCCAAAGUGUCCAUAGUUGAUGAAUCGGACGCUUAUUUAAAUGUGAGACUGAAUAUAUUUAUAUGGACUUAACAGUCAAAGAGGAGAAUUAUUUAUGGUAACCACAAAAAUGUAAAAAUGCAGUAAUUAACAGUUAGAGAUGAUACAUUUCAAACUAGAAUUAACAAUGAAAAAGUCUUCCCAUCCCGUGGUUCUUCUUAGCUGGUCCAAGACACCUACAAACAAAACACUUGAUUCAAUAAAUAUGUUGUUUCAUCACACUACAGGAGGUCCUUGGUGUUCCACUGAUCGAUCAGCCACUGAUCAAUAUUGGUCGAUUUCGGUAAAACGCAUGUGAUCAACAUAUGCUGAUAAAUGCCUUUUAAAGCCAAUUGGCAUGCAAACCCUAGGUAGGGUUGCCAACACCCGUAAUGAGCAGACCAGGGACGUACUUUGUCAAAACUACAGGACUCCAUUAAACAGUAAUGGCUUCAACUUGAAACAGACUACACCAAUCGAUGCCAGAAUGACGCUGAUGAACAUUGGCUGCAUGCUCAGUCCAAGCUGCUGCAACGCCCAGACCGUCAUGAAGUAUACAGACGGUAUCUCUGAACAUCUAAGCAUCUGCUCCUCUAAAAUGGACAGUGAUGACGCCCAAUAAGCCGGACUUGGACUCAUUUUAGCCCUCAUAGGAGCGUAACUGUUAAGCAGAUUGAGAACCUCCUGCACACUUAGCUUUGCAAAUGCAAACUUACCAUCAUCCUGGAUGUUACAGGGUUACGUGGAAGGCUGAGGGGCCAUCAAGUCAAAAUCGGAGAGAUUUCUGGCAACCCAAACGCCAGCUGCAAACAACCCCAGGUUGACAAGAAGAUUCCUGUAAAGUUAAUUAAAAGUCAGACAUCACAAAAAUAUAAUGAAAACGACACAGCUAUUAUAACUUGCUUUACAAAUACCUCAAAUAUUUGGCUUUGCAAGUACCACUGUUUUUGCUGCCAUCAUAGUAUAACUUCUACUUGAAGUAUUGACUUGUGGUGUACAAGGUGAGCAAAGGGCAUCUUCAUUUGACUUUAUUUCAGCAAAUCUUUGGUAAAUUGUAGUUGUACAAUUAUUUCCAUAUUUUACUAAACAAAUCUGACGUUCCUGAGUGGCUCACAUCAUUUAACAAGCUCAAAGAAUAUGGUUUUCUUUAUAUUUGUCAAGGUGCUGUGCCUCCCCUGGUGUGCCUUGCACCUUGAAGAGUAAUUUAGGUACAACAUGGUCAUAAUUUGUAUAUUCUCAACGGGAUUAUACAUAAAGAAAUUAUUACUGACGUACACUUGAGUCGCUAUUUGAAAAUGACCAUAUUAGUUUUAAGUCAAACGCCAAUUAACACGAGUAUCAAGGACAAACUGCUCUACUGAUGCUAAUGCUAGCAUACAAAGCUAACGGCCGCAUUGGUGGAAUAA